AUGAAUAAGACUCAUGCCAAAGCCAUGCUUGACUUGACAGUGAAGAAGCUACUUGAUCUGAAAAAAAUUAUGCAAGAGCUUUAUAACAAGAAGAUCCAGAGCCUUAUCUAUCAAGUAAUAGCUAAGAGAGUGCUGAAGAAGAACUGGAUUACUGUAGUAAAGAUGCUUGUGUGGCUUUUUGUGCAGGUCCAGUAUCAGAAAACAAGAUGA